CUUUAUUUAACUUUCACCACCAAUACAAAGCGCAUGUACUCGGCGAGUUAACCAUGUGUCCUCAUAAUGAUAAUCGAUACAACAACGACGCAAGGUGGCGUGUCCAUUGCUCAAUUGCAGUAGAUUAUGAGAGAUUAAGUUGAAGGGUGAGGUGGGUGUUACUAGUAAGUUUUCCUUCAGAUCGUUUUGCGUCUUGAUUACCAUGAUGAAGCAAUCACUCUCUUGUCCCGUGUACCUAUUGGGCCUACUACUAUUUCCUCUUGUGACAUGCACUGCUGCUCAGGUCUUGAUCACUCCACCUGCGAAUCCCCUAGAUUCUGUUUCCAAACCUGUAGCCAACAACUUUGUCUCCCUCUCCAUUGCCAUUCACUUUUUUCAAGAUUAUUCCCGCAUUGGGACCGAGGGCGAAUUACCUAACACGUUCUCUAGAAACCUACUGUCUUCUCUACAAGAAUCCACUUUCCUCGCGCCAGAGAUUCGCAUUGGAGGUACUUCCGCAGACCGCACCACGUACGUGCCUUCCCAGAACACGACGAUUUUGCAGGUUUCCGGGGCCAAUGGAAUUCCCUUGAAUGUUACUCUAAAUCAGAAAUGGUUCCAACAAUGUUUUGACGAGGAGAACUUUCCUUCUGGAACCAAGUUUAUCUUUGAUUUGCCCCUUAUGCGCAACGAUUCCCUGGCCCUGAAUAACACGAUACAAGGUUCGAAAUGGGCUCUAGAAGCCAUCGGAGAAAAAAGAUUGGAGGCCUUUGAGAUUGGAAACGAAGAGGACCUGUACGUCGGACAAGGCGUCGUGCCAGCAAAUUGGACAGUUGUAGAUUAUGUCGCCAGAUGGAAGAUAUUCAGCUCAGCAGUAUCUGAAAGAGCGCUCGUUCCAUCCGGACUUGACUCGAACAAAAAGUGGUUCCAGGGAUUAGCAUUUUCAGGACUAGGCGCGAAUCCAGCUUGGACUACACAAACAGCGUUCAACGCCAAUGUGAACGAGAACUUUACAUUGAAAAGCGUGUCACUUCACAACUACCCUGCAGGAACUGCGCCUUGGGUUAAUCUCGGGAAUACGUUCAUGAACCACACAGCGAUCGUCGCGAAUCUCUCCCAAGUGAAGGAUGACAUUGCUUUUUUGGGCUCAUCACCGUCCACGGACAAUAUAGUAUUCAAUCUGGGCGAAACCAACAUAGAUUUCACAAAUUUGAAUAUGGACCAGUUCGAGGGCGUCUUAGGCUCUGCCCUAUGGACUAUAGAUUACAUCUUAUACGCUGCAUCUUUGAGUAUCAAUAGAAUAUACCUUCACCAGGGUACAACUUUUGGCUACGCCGCAUGGCAGCCCAUCGCUACCACUAGUUCCCCCGCCAAAGUCCGUACCCCGUGGUAUGGCCUGAAAUUCGCUGCUGAAGCCAUUGGGUCGCAUCAAGGUCCUAUCCAAAUCGCCCCACUUGAUAUAGUGGUGGUCACUAGCAACCUCUCAUUCACCAACACAAACACAAUUGCUUUCGGAAAUAGUACCCAAACCCAGAGUGUUCCUACUCAGCUUCUCACCUCGGAGAAAAUAAGUGCAUACGCGGUCUACGAAUCAUCUUCACUCGCGCGUAUCGCGUUGAUCAACUUUAACGAAUGGAACGGUACUACACCUUAUCCUCGCCCAAGUGCCGUCUUUCGAAUUUCCCUCCCACCGUCGAACUCAGACAAUACAGGGAACUCUAGCUCCUCUCAAUCAAACUCGGUUAGUACGAGGUUGCUUACUGCGCCCAACGGAGCCUCAGCCGAUAGUGAUUUGACGUUCGGAGGAAUAAUGUGGAAUUAUACCACGCAGGGGCUUCCUCAGCGGGUCAAGUCCGUUCCGGGAAUUGUGCAGGUGGAAAGAUCAACAGGGGAUGGUUCGAUCACAGUAAGAGUAGGAGCGAGCGAGGCUUUGUUGAUUGACAUCCGUGGUUGAGUACUUUUAGUACACAGCGAUGAGGAAGAUUGAAAGAGCACUGGUCGUGAUUAUGGAUGACGAUCAUCGUCGCAACGUAUAGGAUUUAUCAUACAGCGCAAAGCUACAGAAAUUCGAAGUACCUGUUAUCUAC